CACCAGUCCGCAGCUGCAGCUGGCACCGUCCAUCGAGCAGCAGGCAGCGGCUAUGUUGUCCAUCCUACAGCGGUAUUCCUGGCCCAAGUUCGCUGUUGUCACUUCCCUCAUCGCUGGCCACAACGACUUCAUCCAGGCUCUCCGGGAACUCAUCCUCGACCUCCCCAACAAGGGUUCAGGCCAAGAGUUCACCAUCACCAACACAGUAAGAGUGGGCAACGUAGAGAGUGAUCUCCUGCAGUUAGUGAGUUCUGAGGCCAGAAUCCUCUUCCUGUACUGCACCCGCUCGGAGGCUGCCUCCAUCCUCGCCAAGGCUGCCAAACUAGGCCUGACAGGCACCAACUACUUAUGGAUCGUCACUCAGAGCGUUAUCCAGACUCUGUCCGAGGCUCCCCAGGAGUUUCCCGUGGGUAUGUUAGGUGUUCACUUCAACACGACAGACGAGGCCAUGAUCGAGGAGAUCACGACGGCCAUGACGGUGUUCGUGUGGGGAUUAACUGGUCACGUCAAUGACGAGGCUACCAGAGGGGUAACGCCUUCGCUGUCACCUGCACUCUCUUGCGAUACGGGAGAUGCUCGCUGGAGAGGCGGUGAGAAGUUCUACAGGUUCCUGAAGAACGUAAGCAUCGACUACCGGGGAGAGCUGCCCACGCCCAAGCUGGAGUUCAACACAGAUGGCACCAGACGAGCCGUCAAGCUCAAAAUCAUGAAUCUGAGACCUGACGUCUCACGCAAGCUCACCUGGGAAGAGAUAGGAGUGUGGCGGUCCAGUAAGGACGGAGGCCUGGAGGUGAAAGAUAUUGUCUGGCCUGGUUACUCCCACGUUCCUCCCAACGGUAUACCUGAGAAGUUCCACCUAAAGAUAACCUUCAUGGAAGAGCCGCCCUUCAUCAACAUGGACCCUCCGCACCCUGUGACGGGCAAGUGUACGGCCAACAAGGGCGUUCCCUGUAGGAUAGCCUCGGACGAGAUGAUGCAAGGGGUGAACGUCAGCUGGGCGAUGAGGAACUCUAGUUACUUCCGUUGUUGCUCCGGCUUCUGCAUCGACCUGCUCGUGAAGUUCUCGCAAGACUUGGGAUUCUCCUACGACUUCUUCCGUGUCGAGGACGGCAUCUGGGGCGCUAUUGUAAACGGCAAGUGGACGGGCCUGCCUGGUGCCAUCAUCAACGGCAAGGCUGACAUGAUUAUGACUUCCAUCAAGAUAAACUCUCAGCGGGAGGAAGUGUUGGAUUUUACUGUUCCAUUUCUAGACACUGGCAUCGCCAUAGUGGUGGCCAAGAGGACUGGAAUCAUCUCUCCUACUGCCUUCCUGGAACCGUUCGACACAGCAUCGUGGAUGUUAGUGGCGCUGGUGGCCAUACAGGUGGCUGCUGUCUCUAUCUUCCUCUUUGAGUGGCUUAGUCCAUCUGGCUUCAAUAUGAAGAUGCAGCCUCCCAACAGCCACCGCUUCUCGCUGUUUCGCACACUGUGGAUGGUGUGGGCGAUACUGUUCCAGGCGGCCGUCAACGUCGACUGUCCCAGAGGCUACACCGCCAGGUUCAUGGGUAACGUGUGGGCCAUGUUCGCACUCAUCUUCCUGGCCAUCUACACGGCCAACUUGGCCGCCUUCAUGAUCACUCGGGAGGAAUUUUAUGACCUCUCAGGCAUCGAGGACAAGCGACUACAGAACCCGACAACAAUGAAGCCAGCGUUCAAGUUCGCCACGACACUGCACGGUAACACAGACGUUCUGAUGAAGAAGUCGUUCCCGGUGAUGCACGCGUACAUGCGGCAGUUUAACCAAUCCAGUCCCAUCGAGGGCAUCAAGGCUGUCAAGAAGGGGAAGCUGGAUGCCUUCCUGUACGACGCGACGGUGAUGGAGUACCUGGUAGGUCAGGAUGACGAGUGUAAGCUGCUGACGGUGGGUUCCUGGUAUGCCCUUACAGGUUACGGCGUGGCCUUCGCCAGGAAGUCCAAGUAUCUGGAGAUGUUUAACGAGCAGAUUAUGAAGUACAGAGAAAACGGUGACCUGGAGAGAAUCGCACGCUUCUGGUUCACCGGGGCUUGUAAACCCAACAAGCAACACAAGUCUUCCAGCAAACCACUGGCUCUGGAGCAGUUUAUGUCGACCUUCCUGCUGCUGGGAUGCGGCAUCCUGUUGGCGCUACUGCUGCUGGGUCUGGAACAUCUGUACUUCAAGUAUAUCAGACAGUAUAUGGCUAGAUCUGAGAAGGGUAACUGCUGCUCCCUUCUUAGUAUGAGUAUGGGCAAGUCGUUGAGUUUCCGUGGUGCAGUGUUGGAGGCGCAGGACGUGUUAAGGACCCACCGCUGCCAGGACCCACUCUGUGAUACCCACCUGUGGAAGGUCAAGCACGAACUCGACAUGGCUCGCCUCAGGAUACACCACCUGGAGAAGCAGCUGGUUACCCAUGGCCUAAGACCUCCCAAAAAGGAGACAUCGACUGCACCAGCGCCAGCUGACUACAUGAAACCCAGGGACAUGACACGUAACCAUAUAUCUACCAAUGAGCCUAUAAGAGGUCCGCUUCUUGCAGCGAGGGGUUGGAGAUACCGGAAACGGGAAGUGGCGGAGAUAGAGACAGUACUUUGAAACCAUUGUCUGGCUUCUUGACUUGCCACGUCUUAUGGACUUAACACUUCUACGCACAAGUACAUCAUAUCAUCUACACUGCUGAGUCCAGCUGACCUGACAUCGUGACAUCUGCCAAAUGCUGGAAUAAAGGGCACGGAGUUCACCGAAAAAAAAAAUCGUGAAGACCUGUACGAGAAGCAAUAUUUCCUCGAAGAAGGAAAAAAAUACUUCCCUACGUUUUCGGAAAAUUUCAAAAUGUAUCUUAAGGUGAUGUCGAUGUUUACAUUUCAGAGAUGUGAAUAUUAUUGCCUCGGGAGACAGAGUGAAGCUGGCUGACAUCUUUACUUAAGACUACCAGACAGUUGUUCCGUGAUGGUGUAUGUUCAUGGUUACUCCUGCAUUGAAAAUCGUGUUAAAUUUACAUCUGUCGACAUCAAGAUGUGGCCUUUUUUUUUUUCAGAAAGAAAAAAAAAAAUUUUUUUUGACGCUUCAUCACACCUUGAGAAUAAUGAACAUUGAUAUAUAUUACCACAUCCAUGAUUAGUAAAACUUUCUUCUGAUGAUAUAAUUGAGUGAAAAAUUAAGCACACACACUUGUAUAAUACUGAAAAUAUAUGUGCCAAAUAUCGAUGGGGUUUUAAAUAAAAAUCUUAAUAUUUUUUUUUUACACUCGGUGCUACAAUAAACGUAAUAUAUCAUCUCCCAACUUUAUUUCAAGUCUUGCAGUAAAAAAAUCGUAUAACACACCAUUAUUCUUGUGUAAAUGAUUUUAUUUAAUACCCCACGGGAAAUUCCCAAGUACAAGACAACUUGUAAAUAAACAGUAGACAGUAGCAAAAUUAGCUUUCAUACAGAGAUACAA